GCACGCCGGCCGUGCCGGGCGGCUGGCGGUGCCGUUCGUCCCGCAGCGCCCGCGGGGCUGAGGACGCCGUGGCCGAGGCCCGCGCCGGUCGGACCCGCUGUUGUAGCUCCCCGUUACCGGGCGGAGCUGGGCCGGCCUCCCUGCCCGCCUGCAGGACCUCGGGGACGGACAUGAUCUCCCACGCGGACCCAAAGGCGGAGCGGUGGUUCUCCCGUCUGCGUGCCUGCGAGGGGCGGGCGGCUCUGCGCGGCUGCUGCCCAGCUGAGGAUGGGAUUGAGAGCAAGAAAGAGAAGAAUCCCCACUGGGGCAUUCCUGGGUCAGCAAAGCCCGAGGGUUUACUGCCAGCACUUCCCAAGGAGAAGAGCUCUCCCAGUCCUGGACAGGAUCUGGCUCACCUACACAAGUCAGAAAGGGUUCAGAAACCUCCCCUGGGGAAGAGGGUGAUGGUACGUGGGAAGAGCUUCAGGAGGCUGCCAGAUAUCAUCCAGCAGAGAAAUCCUGCUGCGGCGAAACUGACAAUAUGUGGGGACUGCGGGAAGAGCUUUCGGGUGAGCUCCAACCUCAUCCAGCAUCGGAGGAUCCACACUGGAGAGAAACCCUUCACCUGCACCGACUGCGGGGAGAGCUUCAGGCAGCGCUCACACCUCAUCCAGCACCAGAGGACCCACACUGGGGAGCGGCCCUACGCCUGUGCCGAGUGUGGGAAGAGCUUCAGCAUGAGCUCCAAACUGAUCCGCCACCAGGUAACCCAUACAGGGGAGAAGCCCUACAAAUGCACGGAGUGUGGGAAAUGCUUCUCUGGGAACUCUCAGCUUAUCCAGCACCGACGAGUGCACACCGGGGAGAAACCCUAUGAGUGCAGUGAGUGCGGGAAGAGCUUCAGCGUGAGCUCAGCCCUCACACGGCACCAGCGGGUUCACAGCGGGGAGAAACCCUACAAGUGUGCGGAGUGCGGGAAGAGCUUCAGCCAGAGCUCCGAGCUCAUGAAGCACCAGCGGGUUCACAGCGGGGAGAAACCCUACGAGUGCUCCGAGUGCGGGAAGAGCUUUGCGGUGAGUUCUGCCCUUAUCCAGCACCGGCGGUUCCACCUGGGCGAGCGCCCUUACGGCUGCAGCGAGUGCGGGAAGAGCUUCACGGUGAGCUCUCACCUCAUCCAGCACCGCCGCUUCCACACCGGGGAGCGGCCCUUCGAGUGUGCGGAGUGCGGGAAGAGCUUCUUGUGGAGGUCGGCCCUGCUCCGUCACCGCAGGGUCCACACCGGGGAGAGGCCCUACGCCUGCUCCGACUGCGGGGACAGCUUUCGGCAGAGCGCCCACCUCAUCCAGCACCGCCGCAUCCACAGCGGGGAGCGGCCCUACAGCUGUGCUGACUGCGGGAAGGGCUUCACCGUCAGCUCCGCGCUGCUCCGGCACCAGCACAUCCACCGGGCCGGGGAGCCCUAGGAGGACUGAGGGCGUGCGGUGGUUUGGCCCGAUGCUUGCUGCCAUCCCUGGGAGCAGAGCCCAGCGUCUCUCUCUCUCUCUCCUUUUGCUAUUGAAUGUGCUGCUUGUGGGGGGUGAAAGCGGUUUCUUUUUAAGAGAACAAAUCCUGAAAGGUAGAGGUGGAGGAAGGCUGCAAAGAGCUGAAGUGGAGGUGGGGGAAGGAGGUGGGAGAGCUCUUGGCAGAGGAGGGAGUCAUUUGAGAAGGGCAGAAUAUCGGUGUACUUUAGAGGAAGGGAAAUACGCUGCCUCUCCUCUCCUCUAUUUCCCCUCCCCACCUCUCCCCUCCCCUCCCCUCCUCUCCCUCUCCUUCUCUCCCUCUCCUUCCCCUCUCCUUCCCUCCCCUCUCCUCCCCUCUCCGAACCGACAGAGGGAGGGAUCUCAGAGCCUGCAAAGCUCUGAUUUGGGUAAAGAAAAGCUGCUUUCUUCCGUGGCUCUGAUUGACCUUCUCCAGUCUGAGUGCUGUGCCCGUAGCAUGGAGAAGCCCAAAGCCCCGUGCUGCUGCCAACCAUGGCUGUGUCUGACGGUGUGCCGGGUCACAGAGCAGUCGGUCUGAGUGUCCGUCUGUCCGUCCGUAGCCUGCGGGCUGCUUUGGGCUCUGCAUGGGGCUCCUUUUGGGGCCGUCCCUUCGCCGGGCUGUGGGCGGAGCAGCCGCACGGCGCUCCCUGAGGGCGUCCCCGACUUUCAGCUUUGAAGAUGUGAGAGUCGAGCGAAUGUGAAUAAGCAUUUAAAUCGUACGUUAAUGAGGUUUAAUUAUUUCUAAAACUUAUAAAUAAAACCCUUCAUUAAAAAGCAUUUUCGCCGUGCAUCUUUAGCCCCCACCGUGUAGCCUGGGCUUUGCUCCUGCCAUCCUCGCUUACGUUUCAUCUCGCAGCGGAGCAGCCGGAUCAGCUCCGGACGCGAACUCGGUGCCGUGCGGUCACGUGCUCAGCCGAUCGGCCGCGCGGGUCGGAGGGCGCGCCGCCGUCCGCGCCUGCGCAG